ACUGAUGUAAAUUGACGGAGAAAACUGAAUGUAACUGUAUUCUAAAUAGUAAAAAGCUGGAAUGAUCUGAUCUUAGAACAUACUCACAGUUUUAUUUAUACGAAAAAAAUUGUGUUAUAUUUAAAUAAAUAAAUAUUUUUAUAAUUAAAGUAUCGACAUCGCCGAUAUUGAAUUAAUUGUUUAAAUUAUUGAUAUCUCAUCAGUCAUCACUCUACACUCUAGUCUACACUCUACUCUUGACUCAAACUCUUCUUAGUCUUAACAAGUCUUAGGCCUUAGACUUAGAGGGCAGGCUAAUUUAUAAGUCUUAGUAGUUAGUAAUCUUAGUCUUGUUUCAAGCACACUUAAAAAAAAACAAGCUCUAUUUACUGUUAAUUAGUAGUCUAGUAGUUCAUUACUAUUAGUAUUAUUACUCAUCUGUCAUUAGUCACUAUGACUAUAUAUCACUUGACCUUGAAAAAGUUAUACUAAGUUAUAGGCUGUGGCUAUAAAAACUACCAAUAGGUUCUAGGGAGCUAUUUGUAGUAAACUACCAAUAGCUUCUAGAGAGCUAUUGGUAAUACACUACCAGUAGCUUCUAAGUGGCUUUUGGCAACUAUUGUUAGUUUACUAUGCUAUACUAUAAAAAAAAACUACCAAUAUUGGUGAUAGAUUGAAUGAUGUAGUGCAAUAAUUAUUGGUAGUCACAAUUCAUUUUUUAUUACAACACUGAAAUCACUCUAACUCUAAAGUCUAAAAAAUGUAUGUCUCCACACAAAAAAAAUGUGCCAAAAAACUUGUUGUUUUCGUCUAGUCUCAUAAAUUCACUCCAAUCGGAUUUUCAAGACAUAAUAAUAAUACAAUUGUUUUUCUUUCUUUAUAUGUUUUUUGUUUUAUUUAUGUAUCACUAUCACUGCUUAUGUUUUCAUCAAAAUUAUGUGCAGUUUAAAACAUUGAUUCUGCAUACUCUGCAUAGCAUUAAAAAAUAAAUAGUAAAUAGUUAUUCUUAUACAUUAAAAUUAAAUUGAUUAAUUUGUGUUAUAGUUGCACAAUAUACCCAAUGAAAUUGUUUAAUUGUGCAUACAAAUAUUGAUGCCUUUAUAAGUUAAUGAGGGCUCAUUUUUGCAAAUAACACUCAGUAGACAUUUCUCCCAACAACAGAAAUUUUUUUUAAAGAGGGGGGGGGGGGUGUUGGUUCAAGUGACCAUUUUCCUAAACAAUGAUUGGCUUAAGGUUAUUUUAUCAUCCUUAAGCCUAAUCAUUGCAAAUAACACUCAGUAGACAUUUCUCCCAACAACAGAAAUUUUUUUUAAAGAGGGGGGGGGGGGUGUUGGUUCAAGUGACCAUGUUCCUAAACAAUGAUUGGCCUAAGCUUAUUUUAUCAUCCUUAAGCCUAAUCACGUUAUUAUACAGUUUCAUUUAACUAAAGUAAAAAGAUUUUGAUUUUAAUAUGCACACUUUAAAAAAUUAUUUAGGCCUGUAUUUUAAUUUGUAAUUUUAAUCAUAAUAAUUAGCACACACAAAAUGUUUACAGCUGUAUUUUAUUUUUAUUGCACAUCUUACUUUGGCCUUGGCAAAGAAAAAGCUGGGUAAAAAAAUUUCAGAAUAUGAUCCCCAUUCAAAUCCAGUAUCAUACAUCUAUCUAAGAUCUAUAUUAGGUCUAUAUUAUAAAUUAUAUAGCAAUAUAGCCAAAUCUGAGCAUGGGGAAGGCUACAGCAGAUAGUGUUAAAACUUUAAAACAGUACUGUAGAUUUUAUAAUUAGUGCCGAAGUGUUGUCACUAGUACAAACUAGUAAUAAAUGAAUGGGGCAAUACUUCGCCAGCCUCAUUGGAAGUGGGUAUUUAAAGCUCAGAUUUUGGUUUGAUUUGAUUGGCUGGACUACCAAUAGCUCUCUAGUAGCUAUUGGCAGUUUACUGCAAAUAGCCCCCUGCCCUAACUAGAUGCUAUAAAUUAAUAAGUAUAGGUAGUAAACUACCAAUAGACACUUUCAAGUUAUAUUAGUAUUGGUCAUUGGCAUUGGUCUUUUUGUCUGAGUCUGUAUUCUAUAUCUUUUAUAACUAACUAUGCUAUACAAAUGUAGGGCUACUCUAAUGUAUUUUUACAGUUUUAAAUUUACAAAAAAAAAUAUGUUUAAUUUCACCAACAAUGUGCCAUAUGUGGAGAGUAUUAAUUUAAUUGGAAAAUGCAAAGAGCAUGCGCCAUGCAGUAUCACAUGGCUGCUAUCCUUGGUUGCUAAAAUUAGGAAUAAAAAGUUAAAAUUUAAUGAAAAAUGUCCCUAACCCUAACCUGAACCCUAAAUCACUAAAAAACAUGUAUCCCUAAACCUAAUCUGAGCCCUAAAUAACUAAAUGUAUCCCUGAACCUAAGGAUAAGGAGAGAAACCAAAGCAGAAACUUUACAAAAACACGUAAAUGAUGUCAUUAGUCAUGGCGCGUUCUCUUUGCAUUGACCUUUUAAUUAAAUAAUAAAUGAUACAGCCCAGUGUUUCCCAAUGCAAAUGUGACAACAUGUUGGGGGGGGGGGGCACAUGGGGCAUUUUGGGGGCUUUUAUGAUUUAGACUCUGAGAUGGAAAUAAUCAUUAAAAUCAAAAAUUAUACAGGUCUAAGGGUAAUGCAAAGGAGCACUUUUAAUUAAAUAAUAAAUGAUACAGCCAAGUGUUUCCCAAUGCAAAUGUGACAACAUGUUGGGGGGGGGGGGCACAUGGGGCAUUUUGGGGACUUUUAUGAUUUAGACUCUGAGAUGGAAAUAAUCAUUAAAAUCAAUAAUUAUACAGGUCUAAGGGUAAUGCAAAGGAGCCACGGCAAUGUGAUCAAUGUUAAAAAUGAACUGACAAUCAUAUUAUAAUGUUAAAUGUAUUACUUUUAGUCGAGUAGGCUAAUUGCUUUCUUUAUUGCAAUACUGAUAGCAAUAGCAAAAAAAGUCAAAUAUUUAUUAUCCUUUUCUUAGUUUUAUUAUUAUUGAAACUCAUGGUCUGAUUGAAAAUCAGUCUUCCUGACAGUAGCAUGGAGACUUCUUCUUAUCCUAUUUUAAUAAGCCUUUACUUUAAACUAUAACUAAAGGAGAUUAAGGGAGGAACGUGCAUCUUUUUCCAUUUGAGUCAUGCUGAUAUAGCCAUUAAAACAUAAGUCCUCAGAUAUUUGAUUUUUUUCCUUUCCAAAUCUAAAUAUUAAUCAUGAAAUCCUUAUUUCUUUUUCUAGACCAAUUCAAGGUAAAGAACAUUCUCAUUUGCACAAAAGUUUUAUUAUCAUGAGUGGAAAGAAACGGAAGGCUGCAAAAGGAAUUUUGGGAUUUCCUAAAAAGAAAUCUAUUCUCUUCACAUUCAAUGCUAGAGAAGGAGAAGAAUGUUCAACUGAUUCUGAAGAUUCUGAUUACAGUCCUGGGAGGUUGUUUUUAAAAAAAUUACUAGCUAAUCUCUAGGUCAAUUCAAUAAGCAUUUAGAGAAACUUUAAACAUGUCAUUUUAAAAAAAAACAAUGCUUUUAUUACUUUGAUAGCAGCCCAAAACCUGAAAUGUUGCCAAAAUAAAUUCAAUAAAUAUAUUUGAAUUAAGAAUGUACAUUCAAUAUAAUUUUUCUCUUCUUCUCAGCCUGGUGCCUACAAGAAACGCAAAGAAAGCCAAACGGAAAGGUAACAAUCAAGCAAGACAGGGACUUUCAGUGAUUAACAGAAGGGUGACCAGAAAGGGUUUGUUUGUUGCUAAUUCUUUUGUGUCAGUGUUGCAACUUUGGGCUUUAAAAAAUCCCAUUUGUUUAAUUGGUGUGCAUUGAGUGUUUAGUUUGCAAUCUAUCACUUUUAUAUGAUACAUGAAAGCUACAUAGAUUAGACACAUAGGUCUUGGUCAUUCUUGGUUAUUUGAAUCGUUCAGAAUAAAAUCUGCUCAUCUCACACGUCAAUAAACCUAAUUUCCUCUUGUGUUUCAGAAACAGUUGCUUUAGAGGCCAACGCGUGUUGUAAAAAUGAGAUCAUACACAUGUGUCUUCCCUCUGAGACAAUGUUGAACAUUUUUUCAUUUUGCCUUGCUUCAGAGGGACUCCUUAAGUUUUUAUCCAGGUAAGAAACAAAAUUAACCCCGAAAUGUUUUACCAUUACUUUGAGGUCUAUAUUACUUUCCAUAAAAUUUAAUUUUUGCUUCAGGACAAUGUACAUAACUGGCUUUUAAUCUCACGUGAGGUAGGUUGUCUUCUGAGUUUGUUUUACAUAGGAUUACCCUCUACCCAGAGAAUAGAUGCCUCAUUGGCAUGUCCAAUUCACAGCUAUUUGCCCAUCAUCCAUUUCACCCAGCAAUUUGUUCAUUGUCCACUCAACCGGAUAUUUGCCCAUCGUCCAAUUCAACCAGCUGUUUGCCCUUUGCUAAGGACAACUUCCAGUAAAUUAGAACCCUCUGCUUCUUGAUUCAAGGCAGAAAUAUAAAUAUAUAAUUCAAUGAAUAAUAUAUGAAAUGAAAUGUACUAUUACUUUAUCCUUGCAAUUUUCAUCAUGGGGUGACUGGGAAACAAACAUGUCCUUGCUGAUGCAGAAAAACUUUGUCAACUGUUACUGUUAUAUUUGCCAAAUGUAAGAUUAAAUAUUUAAUUUCUUGGACGCCGCUCACUGGCUUGAUGCAGACUGGAAAAAAAUGUAUUUAAAUUAUUGCUGUCUUUUCACAUCAGGGUGCCCAGAGUAUGCAAAGAAUGGAACAGAUUAGCAAAGGACCAAUCACUGUUCAAGCAAGUCAAUUUAAGUAGCACUUUGGGUGCAAUGAACAAGAAACGACUCAAAGGAUUGCUCAAGCUUGACUUGUCCCACUGCAGGGUUCUCAAUUUUGAAGGGCAAAUGAGAGUUAAGCAGAACUUCUUGGAGGUAAAACUAUAUGCCUUUGUAUCUUUGGUUUCAUGAGUCAGAUCUGAUGUAGUGUAUAACAGAUGACCAUUCAGAUUCUGAGUCAGAUCUCAUGUACUGUAUGACAGAUUGACAGAGGACCAUUCAGAUUCUGUACCAGAUCUAAUGUACUGUAUAACAGAUUGACAGAUAACCAUUCAGAUUGCUGUGGGAGCUGAUGCCCACCUUAUUUUCUGAAUGACGCCUGGGCCUGCCUACUGACUGUUAUUUUGAAUUGCACUGCUGCUCAUGAUGAAUGUGCCAGUGUUGAAUUGUAAAUUAUUGUAUUUCCAUUAUUCCGUAUUAUUUUAUUGAAAUAAUCAUGGUAAUGUUGCUUCAUGUAUAAGAUAAGUUCCAGUGUUUCCCAACCCUUUUUGUGCUAUGCCCCACCUAAGCCUUUCUAAAAUUCUUAUGCCCCCCCCUCCCCCAUGUAUCACAUACACAUACAUAGUUUUUAAUAUUCAAAAAUAGGUUUGUUCACUCAAGAAAAUUAAAUGAUAUGUUUUAGAAAGUAAUCACUAGGACAUUGGUGAGGAAACUUAGUUAGUAAAUUUUUAAAAAAUUUGAUGGAGGACUGAAAUUGAGAUGAUUCACAAUAAAUAUAGCGUUAUUAGUCACUUCACAUUUUUGGAGCCAAUGAAACUUUUCAAAAUUUUUGUUGUAAAUAUUUUUCUGACAUAGAGUUAAUGAAACCAAAUAUCUUCCCUUUUGCAUCAACAAGGGUUUUAUUUGUUCUUUGAAUAUGGUUAUUUAAUAUAUUUAGUUUUUUAAAGAUAUCAACUAAAUAACUCACAAAUGCUGUUAAAAGAUACUUCAUAUCAGGUUUGUCACUUUAAAAAAUUGCAAGAGUAUCAAAUAGUUCCAUAAAUCUUUUCAAGCCAUUCCCCAUUCGAAAGCCAUCUUACUUCAGUGUGAAGUAAAAGUCUCACAUAGUCUGCAAUUUGUUCUUCACAAAGUAGCUCAAAGAAACAUUCACUUUCGGUAUUAGCUUUAAUAGCAUUGAUACACUUUAUAAGUGAAUUUAGUACUUCAUUUAGAACAGGCGAAAUGUUUUUAGCUACUUAGUUUUCCUUAUGAAUAACACAUUGCUCAAGAAGCAUUUCUGGAUUCUCAUCCUUCAUCAAUUUUAAGCAGCCAUUUUUCUUGCCCAUCGUAUUAGGGUCACCAUCUGCAGCACAAUAUUAUAUUUUUCAUUGGUAUAUUAUUGACACCUAGGUAAUUUUUUUAGCUCAUUAUAUAUACAUCUUUGACGGCAGUGGUGCUUUCUAAUGAUUUACAGAACAACAUUUCUUCAGCGAAAUACCCUUUAUCAAUAGAUCUUACGUAAUUUAUCAAAACUGCCUCAUGGUCUCUCAAAGUUCAUUCAUCCAUCUGCACUGAGAAUUUUCUUGUUUUCAGCUUUUCAACAAGUUGUAUUUCAAUAUCUUCACUCAUUUUGUCUAUUCUUCUGCUAACAAUAUUAUUACUGAGUGGCAUAGCUUUCAUCCCUUUUUUCUUGUUUCUUACAUAACUAAUUUCUGACACCAGUGCUACUUCUGUACUUAAUUUAUCUUUCUUUGAAAGGGAAUUAACUCUGUUUUGCAAUUGAUUUACAUAUGUAAAACAUUUUUGUAAGCUGUUAAAUAUGAACUAAAUAUGAAUUAAGGAUAAAUUCUUCCAGAGGGUUUAAUAAAAUUAUAAUAUUAUCUGCGAAAGAACAGUGACGAGCACAUAAAAAUAAGAGAAGUUUAUCACUAUGCGCCAGGAUGGAUGCAUUUGGACACAUCCAUUUGAAACCUCCAAGUGAAGCUAAAUGAUGAUAAAACGGAAAUCCUUCUCAUCCACUCUCAAAACAAACCUCUCCCUCCAUUCGCUCCUUCUUCUAUAUCUAUUGGCAACUCUGACAUCACACUCUCUCCCUCUGCCAGAAACCUUGGAGUCACGCUUACGGACACCCUCUCCAUGGACAAACAUGUCACGAAUAUAUGCAGAUCAGCAUAUAACGAAAUUAGAAAAAUCAGCACCAUUAGACACCUCCUCUCCUUUGAUGCCACAAAAACUCUCGUCUCUUCACUCAUUCUUUCAAAAUUUGACUACUGUAACAUUCUUCUCUCAGGCAUUCCUCAACACCACAUAGAAAAACUUCAGAAGGCACAGAACUCAGCAUGCAGACUCAUUUUUAAAUCAAAGAAACAUGACCACAUUCAACCACACAUGCGGCAACUCCACUGGCUUCCAAUAUCCUCUCGCAUCAAAUACAAGUCUGCCAAUCUUUGCUUCAACUCGUUCACUGACCCUCACUUUCCUGUCUAUCUCUCUGAACUGUUGCUUCCUUACAUCCCCACAAGACAACUACGUUCUUCCAUUGACAGUAGAACCCUCUCAAUCCCAAGAACUAAAACUAAGACCAUCGGUGAACGCUCCUUCUGCUUCCAUGGGCCCACGUUCUGGAACCAGCUCCCCUUCCAUAUACGUCAUAGUGAAACCUCGUCCAUUUUCAAAAAGUCCCUUAAAACUCAUCUGUUUAGGUCCGCCUAUGACCUGUGAUGCACCCUCCUUGCCCUACCUCAUUUUCUGUUUCGGGUUGAUCCUGAAGUGUCAAAGUGUCCUCGUUUUAUAGCCAUUUUCAUUGUUUCUAUAGUAUAGUAGUUACUAUCCUAGUGUCUCAUUUAUAUUUACUUAGUUUACAUGUUUUAAUAAUUGUAAAGCGCUUAGAGCUUUAUGAUAAGCGCUAUAUAAAAAUGCCUAAAUAAAUAAAUAAAUAAAUACUUUUGGUUGCUUUUGUCGAGAAUGAGUUAACUUUAAAUAUUAACUAUUCAAUAUCUCAUUCUAUAUUACCAAAAUAAUACACUCUUUUUUUUCUAUUUGCAAAAUAAAUGAAUAAAAAAUGUUCAAACAUCUCAGCAGGGAAAGAUAUUUUUAACAAUAAGCCAGCAUUUUCUUGUGUAACAAUUAUUUGGCUUGCAAUCAUCCAAAUCAAAUCCCUCAAUUUGAUUUUUGAUCUAAAAAAAAAAGUUCUGAAUGUGAUGAGAUUUCAUAGGUUUUGUAACCUCAGAAAUAUAAUUUUUUUCUAUAAAAAAGGGGAAUAAAUUUUAAAAAACUCAAUUUAUCUAUUUGGUGUUUUAAUAAUUAUUUUAAAACUAUUUUAAAUAAUGGUGUUUUUGUUAAGUUACAAAUAUGACAACAGUUUAUUAAUUUUAUGUUUGAUAUGACAUUUGAACAUUGCGAAAACAAAUUUAAUACAACAUUCCUGUAAGAUAAAAGGUAGCUAUGUAUUCACUUGGUGUAUUUCUGAUAGAAGAUUCCUGUAAGAUAAUAGGUAGAUAUAUAUUCACUUGGUGUAUUUCUAAUAGACCAUUCCCGUAAGAUAAUAGGCAGCUAUGUAUUCACUUGGUGUAUUUCUUGACCUCCAGCCUAUUCUGACCAAAACACACAGACUGGUAUCCCUAAACCUCUGCCACUGUCCAGGUGCCACUUCAGCUAUGCUGUCAAAGCUGCCGGUGCUUUGCCCCAACCUCGGCAGGAUCAAGCUCUCCCAAACAUUCGAUUACCAGGUAAAUUAUUUACAAUUGUUUUAAUUGUAAGUUAUCCAUUUUGAUUUAAGUCAUAAAUAGCAGCUAGUCAUUUAAAUCAGCAUUUAAGGACAGGCCAUUCUUUUAUUACCUUCAUCAGUGAAUUUGUAUUAGCCGCAUCUAAUGAAAUUGUCAAUAUCAAUUUGAUCUUUACAACAGGAUAACAGUUUUAUAUCAUUAUUUUUAAAAAAUUAUCUGUAAAAAAUGUGUGUUUGUCCAGAAUUAUUUUUUUUAUUAUAAAAAAAAACAGAAAAUAUAAAUUAUCUGAAAUAACACCUGGUUACUUCUGUUUUCAUCCCAGGAUAAAAUUGUCUACACUUCAAUAGUACCUUUGAUUGUUAUGUGCGGUCAAACCAUUCUUGAGAUCCGCUGGUCAAAUGUCAUUUUUGUCAAAACAGAGUUCACCCAUUUCAUCGACAUGUUAAAAGUAAGUUACUGCUUUAACUUUAACCCAUGUGUUACACUCGCCCGAUUUUUAAAAAAAAAAAAAAUUUUAUGCUAGUGCCAAAAAUGAAAACAAAAUAAAAUUUGAAAAGUAUUUGAUCUUUUUGCACAUUUCAAGAUGACUGCUGAUGUGAUUUCUAUUGUUAAAAAAAAAAGAUAUCAUCAAUCAUUUGAGUUUUAAUUAAAUGAAGUAACUAAUCAGUUGGCUGAAAAAAAGUUUUUGACAGAUCAGUGUUAUUCUUAUUCUUGAUUUCAUUGGGUUUUUUUUGUUUUUUUUUAAAUUUUGAUUAUUUUUUUGUAUUGUUUGUGGUUGAUGCCUUUCAAUCCUACAUACACAAGAUUGAAUUGCUGAAUAUCACAAACCAAUAUCAGAUCUUUUACACAAACCUCUUCCAGCAAAACUGUCCAAAUCUUGAAGAACUGGACAUCAAGAUGGCCAACUGUGCUUGUGCUUACCUGCCGUCACGGGAAGCUGACAUUGGGGGCUUCAUCAGUGCCUGUCCUAAGCUCAAAGAACUACGUCUUGAUAGCCUUAAUGUCUUAGAUAUAGCAAGGGUAAGUCCAGCUGGGGAGACAGGUUAUGAGACCUGUUUACUCUUACUAUUUUGGCGUACAAUGUACGAUUUUGAGGUUAUAAAUUAUAUAUACUACAUAUUCAUUUUUUACUAUUAAGAUAAUGUAUUGAACGAUUUUGUGAUGAUAUUGUACGAUUUUAAGAGUUUGAGUGUAAACAGGUCUGUGUUAUGUUAAGCCUGGCAUACUGGUUAUGUUAGUCAAGCGGAGCAGGCAGGUUAUGUUAGUCAAGCUGGGCAGACAGGUUAUGUUAGUUAAACUGGGAAGACUGGUUAUGUUGAGCUGGGAAGGCAUGUUAUGUUAAGCCUGGGCAUACUGGUUAUGUUAGUCAAGCUGGGCAGACAGGUUAUGUUAGUCAAGCUGGGCAGACAGGUUAUGUUAGUUAAACUGGGAAGACUGGUUAUGUUAGUCAAGCUGGGCAGACAGGUUAUGUUCGUCAAGCUGGGCAGACAGGUUAUGUUAAGCUGGGCAGACAGGUUAUGUUCAUAUGGGAACAUGUACUGAGAUGGCUGUCUAUAUUCCAAAGGGAAAGCCUGACAUGUUUUAUAGCAUUGGUCUCAGACUUUCCAAACAUACCAGAUAUGACGCCCUUACAUCUAUAUUUACAUCUUACCUUACACCGUACCUUACAUCUUAUCUUAGCAGCUUCUCUACAACAUUAUUGACAGAAUGCAUGCCAAGAUAGCAUAAUGCAUGUGAAUUUAGCACAACAUCAAAUGAAAUGGAGAUUCAAUAGUCAGAAGACAACUGUAUUUAACUCCACAGUGAAACAAGAGCCUUUAACUUCACAUUAGUUUUAGAUCGUGUUAUCUUUAUUUACCAAUAGGUUUAUCAUUUAAAAAUAUUUGUGCAUAAUUUCAUGACCUUCUCACCUAAUUUAGUUUUUAAAUGUGUAAAUGUAUGUCUUAAAAAAGCUGUGCAUGUUUUUUCAAAUACAGUUUAUUUAAAAGUCAACUAGCGUAUUAAAAACCUAGUCCAUCCACAUAAACUUACCACCACAACCUCCCCCAUAAACUAACACAACAACCUCCCCACAUAAACUAACACAACAACCUCCCCACAUAAACUUACCACCACAACCUCCCCACAUAAACUUACCACCACAACCUCCCCACAUAAACUAACCACCACAACCUCCCCACAUAAACUUACCACCACAACCUCCCCACAUAAACUAACCACCACAACCUCCCCACAUAAACUAACCACCACAACCUCCCCACAUAAACUAACCACCACAACCUCCCCACAUAAACUAACCACCACAACCUCCCCACAUAAACUAACACAACAACCUCACCACAUAAACUAACCACCACAACCUCCCCACAUCAACUAACCACCACAACCUCCCCACAUAAACUAACCACCACAACCCCCUUACAUUAACUGUAAAAUAAAAAAGUUUUACUGUUCAACUUCAACUGAAAGUUUCCCAAAUAUUUUCAGACGUCUGUUCCAUAUCCUGGCCUAAACAAUUUGGAGAUUUUUGCCCAGACCAAAUUUACACAUGACGUGCAUGAAAAACCCAUAUUUUACUUGUGAGUAUUUUAGAUUGUGAUAUCAGAAACCUUGUGGUAAGGGGUGGACAACUGAGUUGAGGGGGAAAUGGGAUUGUAAGGGGGGGGGAUUAGAGUAGGGGACGUAAAGACACUGGGUUCUGUCAUGGAUAGAGUGGGUAAGGUAAAGGCAGAGGGCAUUGGGUGGGGUAGAGUGUGUAAGAAUGGGUCAAGGGCAUUGGGUGGGGUAGAGUGGGUAAGAAUAGGUAGAGGGCAUUGAGUGGGAUAGAGUGGGUAAGAAUAGGUAGAGGGCAUUGGGUGGGGUAGAGUGGGUAAGAAUAGGUAGAGGGCAUUGGGUGGGGUAGAGUAGGUAGAGGGCAUUGGGUGGGGUAGAGUAGGUAGAGGGCAUUGGGUGGGGUAGAGUGGGUAGAGGGCAUUGGGUGGGGUAGAGUAGGUAGAGGGCAUUGGGUGGGGUAGAGUGGGUAAGAAUGGGUAGAGGGCAUUGGGUGGGGUAGAGUGGGUAAGAAUAGGUAGAGGGCAUUGGGUGGGGUAGAGUGGGUAAGAAUGGGUAGAGGGCAUUUGGUGUGUUAGAGUGGGUAAGAAUGGGUAGAGGGCAUUGGGUGGGGUAGAGUGGGUAAGAAUGGGUAGAGGGCAUUGGGUGGGGUAGAGUGGGUAAGAAUGGGUAGAGGGCAUUGGUAGAUAAGGUAUAGACUGAGGGCAUUGUGGUGUAAGGUGGAGUAGAUACGGUUUAGACUGAGGGCAUUGUGGUGUAGGGUGGAGUAGAUAAGGUAUAGACACUGGGCCAUGUCAUGGGGGUAGAGUAGGUAUGAAUAGGUAGAGGGCAUUGGGGUAGUAGGAUAUAGUAGUAAGGCAUAGACAGAGGGCAUUGGGUGGGGUAGACAUACCUGUUUACCCCCAAACUCUUAAAAUCGUACAAUAUCAUCAUAUAAUCGUUCAAUACAUUCUCUUUAUAGAGCAAAAACGUGCUGUAUAUAUAACGUAUACACCUCAAAAUUGUACAUUGUAUGCCAAAAUCGUAAGAGUAAACAGGUCUGGGUAGAGUAGGUAAGGUAUAGACACUGGGCCAUGUCAGUGGGGUAGAGUGGGUAAGAAUAGGUAGAGGGCAUUGGGUGGGGUAGAGUGGGUAAGAAUUGGUAGAGGGCAUUGGGUGGGGUAGAGUGGGUAAGAAUAGGUAGAGGGCAUUGGGUGGGGUAGAGUGGGUAAGAAUAGGUAGAGGGCAUUGGGUGGGGUAGAGUGGGUAAGAAUAGGUAGAGGGCAUUGGGUGGGGUAGAGUAGGUAGAGGGCAUUGGGUGGGGUAGAGUAGGUAGAGUGCAUUGGGUGGGGUAGAGUGGGUAAGAAUGGGUCGAUGGCAUUGGGUGGGGUAGAGUGUGUAAGAAUGGGUCAAGGGCAUUGGGUGGGGUAGAGUGGGUAAGAAUAGGUAGAGGGCAUUGGGUGGGGUAGAGUGGGUAAGAAUGGGUAGAGGGCAUUGGGUGGGUUAGAGUGGGUAAGAUUGGGUGGGGUAGAGUGGGUAAGAAUGGGUAGAGGGCAUUGGGUGGGGUAGAGUGGGUAGAGGGCAUUGGGUGGGGUAGAGUGGGUAAGAAUGGGUAGAGGGCAUUGGGUGGGGUAGAGUGGGUAAGAAUGGAUAGAGGGCAUUGGGUGGUGUAGGGUAGGUAGAGGGCAUAAUCUGGUAUAUUUAAAAAAGGAGGUUAUUUAGUACUAAUUUAAAAUAUAAUUUUCAUCCCUAUUACUUCCCUUGCUUAAUCCAAGAACUGGUGCUAGAGUUAUUUUGUGUUGCAUGAUUUCAACACUACAUGAAAUUUAGAUUCCAGGUAUAAUUUAGGAUUGGUUACAAGGCAUUUGGACAAUUGUUCACAGAAUUUAAAAUCACCCAUGUCAAAUUUGCUGUUAUUUGUUAUGAGCUGGCAAUUUUCUUUUACGACUUAUCCUCAGAAAAAAUAAAUUGGAUGUAUUUUUUGUUUAGGGGUUCAUUGUUCAUCUUGAUAUCACUUGAACUUGAAAAUCAGUUUUCAAACUUCCUUUCAGAAUGUUUGGGUCAGUGGCUAAGCUUAAAGUUCUGGACAUAAGCUACAGCAACCUGUCCCCAGGGCUCAUCACAGACAAGGUCAAGGCCCUGGAGUGUUUGCACAUGGUUGACAUGAGGUGGUCAGAGGAGGAGAACAUUAACCUGUAUCAAUGUAUAAAUAGUGUAAGUGUAAGGAAUGACCAAUACCAAUGUAGAAAUAGUGUAAGAAAUGACCAAUACCAAUGUAGAAAUAGUGUAAGGAAUGACCAAUACCAAUUUAUAAAUAGUGUAAGGAAUGACCAAUACCAAUGUAGAAAUAGUGUAAGGAAUGACCAAUACCAAUGUAGAAAUAGUGUAAGGAAUGACCAAUAUCAAUUUAUAAAUAGUGUAAGGAAUGACCAAUACCAAUUUAUAAAUAGUGUAAGGAAUGACCAAUACCAAUGUAGAAAUAGUGUAAGUGUAUGAAAUGACCAAUACCAAUGUAGAAAUAGUGUAAGUGUAUGAAAUGACCAAUACCAAUGUAGAAAUAGUGUAAGUGUAUGAAAUGACCAAUACCAAUGUAGAAAUAGUGAUUUACCAUCUUCCAACAAAACAAAAAAGACAGGUUCAGUAAAGGCCAAAUUUUGGAUAAUUUUAGAGGCUAAAAAAGAGAAACACAUUUCUAAGUUGAGGAUGUCGACUACUGUAAACUAAUGUCUUGCCAUCUCCCAUUAGUGGAUGAUGUCACUUAAGGAACUUGAUAUCUCCUGCAAUAAAAUGCCGUCCAAGGUCAUCACCGAAGCCCUGUCACAGUACCGCAAGGGCAAGGACGCCCGCACGUCAUACCCCCUGGAGGUUCUCAACUUGUCCAACACACAAGUCUAUGGACCUCUUGUUCAGUGAGUCUCAUUAAUUAAUCUAACUUGAGAUCAUGGGAUGUUACAAAGUCAAUUUAGUGAAUAUAACAGAGUUAAAUUUGUCAAUCUGACACAAAAUGACAGUACAAAAGAGAUCCCAACCUGUCCUAGUAAUACUCUAGUAAUAGGAAAUACUGUUUGUUUAGAUGUGUUGGUAACCAGCUUGUGAAAGGAUUCAGCCAUUUUUAGGUGUGUUGGUAACCAGCUUGUGAAAGGAUUCAGCCAUUUUUAGGUGUGUUGGUAACCAGCUUGUGAAAGGAUUCAGCCAUUUUUAGAUGUGUUGGUAACCAGCUUGUCAAGGGAUUCAGCCAUUUCACAUUGUCAUCAUGGUCAUGUGUUGGCUGCCUGAGAUAUGUAGGAGUGCUGUGUACCCUACCUGAGACAGCAUUUGUGUCAUGUCAUGUAGGACUGCUAUGUACCCUACCUGAGACAGCCUUUGUGUCAUGUCAUGUAUGAGUGCUAGGUACCCUACCUGAGACAGCCUUUGUGUCAUGUCAUGUAUGAGUGCUAUGUACCCUACCUGAGACAGCCUUUGUGUCAUGUCAUACAUGAGUGCUGUACCCUACCUGAGACAGCCUUUGUGUCAUGUCAUGUAGGAGUGCUAUGUAUCCUACCUGAGACAAGCUUAGUAUCAUGUCUUGCAUUGGUGCUAUGUACCUUACCUGAGACAGCCUCAGUGUCACGUCAUGAAUGAGUGCUAUGUACCCUAUCUGAGACAGGUAUGCAAACGUUGAUUUAUGAAUUUCACUCAUUUACAGAUUAAUCCUGGAAGAAUGCUCCAAUUUGAAGAGCAUCAAUUUAAACACCUGCCGCAACCUUCCCAGAGGUUGCAAGCAGUUGUUCUUCAGGAAAAGCUUCCCUGAUCUACUAGCACGACUUCAACAGGUACCUGGCCCAUGACCAGUGACACCGUGCUAAGUGGCCCUACUACUUUCCUGAUCUACUAGAACGACUUCAACAGGUACCUAGCCCAUGAACGAUGAUCCCGUGCUCGUGCUAAGUGGCCAUGAACCCUACCUGACUGCCCAUCUGAGGGCCAAAUAAAUUAAAUUAUUUCUUCUUUUUUUUUUUUUUGCAUACAUACUUAAUGGAUGCAACACCCCCUCCCCCUUGUAUAAA